AUGCCAUCGCUGGCGAAUGUGCCGAACGCAUGGAAAAAAUGGUGGAGCCGACUACACAAGCUCUCAGAAUCGUCCGAUGUCAACACAACCAGACUACAAGAUUUCAUUAUGAAACCUCCCCUCAAGCCUGAAAUCGCUACCAUCAGUGCAUCAGACAUGACACUAUCAGAUGUCAACAACUUUUUUAACUUGAGGGAACUGCGAGGGCAGGAAAAAUGGCAUUUGGCCCGGCGAGUUAUUUUGCUUAGGCCGGAUUUUGAUACCUGGAUGGACACUUUUACAGAGUUCACUAAAUCCUCAAAGCCGAUCGAAGCUCGUACAAGGUGCAAAAUAGAUGCCCUCCUUUUCACGGUCUAUGAGUCUAACGGCUGA